ACGUAAAGCUUUGCUUCGGAGCACCACAGGUCCACAGUCUCGAACUCUGCCGUGGUACAGGAUAGCACACUAGCUCAACUUAAGGCGGCAGAUCCGGCGGCCACCACUCCCACCGCCCACGCCAUUCUACUCCCUCCCUGCUCCCACCCCCCGGCGCGAGCUCGGCCCCAGAUUUCCUCCCAGACCUCCCCAGGAUCCGCUCUAAAGAUGGAUAGAGAAUCUAAGAAAGAAUCGUUUCGGAAGUAUCUUGAAUCCAGCGGCGUGCUUGAUACUCUCACGAAAGUUCUUGUUGCGUUGUAUGAAGAGAAUGACAAGCCAUCAUCUGCAGUAGAGUUUGUUCAGCAGAAAUUGGGUGGUCCAUCGAUUUCUGACUAUGAAAAGCUCAAAGCUGAGAAGUUAGAUUUGCAGUUGAAGUAUAAUGAGCUUUUAGAGACCCACAAGGAAACAAAUAGACAGUUGGAGGAACUUAAGAAUUCGAAGAACGGUGCACCCUGGAAUGGAGACAACGGGUGUUGACAUUGUAAAUGUGCCAUGAAGCAGUGUAUCUAUGGCUUUUCGUAAACUAUUAAGGAUCACCAAGCUCUAUAAAAAGAAAACAUUUCUUGGUUAAACUUUGCCAAGUUAAUCUCCAACUUGUGAUGUAUCAUGUAUCACAAUUUACUCACAUCGGUGCCUUCGGAACUUCCGACACCUUCAUCUGUGAAGCUGAACUUCCAACUUCGACAUGCGACAUGAUGAUUCAUAUCAAAGACGAUCGACUCAAAUAGCGAGAUUUGCUUUCCUGUAAAGUAACGUUAUUGUGGUUUUACAACGUCCCAAACUUUUAACUUGUUAAAUUUAUGAAACAAAUUUGACUUUCUAUACCUUCAUAAGUGAA